AUGGAGGCCGAAGAUUUAGUCAAGAGGUGGGAAAGAUUGCAGUUGACAACCGAGGAAAGUAUCCCGUUCCACGUGAAUCCAGAAGGCUCAAAGAAGGAAGAUAGAAUGAGUGAGCACUGUAUUGUGGGUAGAGCAAUGGUGGAAAGGCCUGUUAAUAGUGAGGCCUUCAGGACCACCAUGUCUCAGGUUUGGAGAUUAGACGGCUGGAUUAGAUUCAUUGAGAUAGGGGACCAAAGCUUCAUCAUAGAGUUCCAAAAACUGGAAGACAAAGACAAGGUUCUUGGGGGCAGACCGUGGUUUUUUGAUAGAUGCUUGCUCUCGCUACAAGAGGUAGAUGACACUGUCUCCAUUAACAAAACUCAGUUUAGAUACGAGCCUUUCUGGGUCCAACUUCACAACCUGCCCCUGGCCACCAUGAAUGAGGAAGUAGGAUCACAGUUUGCAGCCUCUAUAGGCCAUGUCAUCAGAGUGGAAACAGAAUCAGAUGGACGUGGAUGGGGGAGAUGCUUAAGGGUAAGGGUGGCAGUGGACAUACUUAAACCCCUGCUAAGGGGCAAAUGGAUGCGCUUUGAGGAGGAAGAGCACUGGAUUUCCUUUAAGUACGAAAGACUACAGAACUUUUGCUUUCACUGUGGUAUCCUCAACCACAAAGGGAAAAACUGCAAUAAGCUAAGGUUUGAGAAUCAAGACGCAGAACAGGCUCCAUUACAGUUUGCAAAGAGGAAAACCAGUUGGCAGCUACUAGAAAUGUUAAAACCCCCACCACCCAUGGCAUGGUUAUGUGCUGGAGACUUUAAUGAAAUUCUGCACCAAGGUGAGAAGCAAGGGGCUGGCAGUAGACCAUAUAAACAGAUUGAAGAGUUCAGAAAGGUAGUGGAGGUCUGUGACUUACGUGACAUUCAUCAUCAGGGCCAUUACUUCACCUGGUCUAACAAUAGAAGGGGAAGACACUUUACCAAAGAAAGAAUAGAUAGGGCCUUGGCCAACAAGGAAUGGCAUGAGCUUUUCAGCAAUGCUAGCUGCACUACUCUAGCAGCCAUUCAGUCUGAUCAUUCCCCACUCAGCAUCCUCUUACAGAAUUCAGCCAAAGUUUAUAGACACGAGGCAAGGUGCUUCAGAUAUGAGGUGGCUUGGGACCUUAAAGAAGAUUGCAAGAAAGUAGUGGAGUACUCGUGGAAGGGAGUUAGUUUGGGAUUGGAAGGGGCCAAUACAGUGAGACAAAGACUGAGUGCUUGCCAAAGAAAUCUCUCUCAAUGGAGCCAAACAGAAAAAACGAUGAAACACAAAGACAUAAACCAAGCAGUGAGGAGAAUAAGGCACCUUCAAGAGAUGGGCACAGGGAAUCACAUAACAGAAAUGCAAGGACUGCAAAAGGGAGUAGAACUGGCAUUGUCCACGGAGGAGAUGAAGUGGAGGCAAAGGGCUAAACAGCACUGGAUGAAAGUGGGGGACAGAAACACUACCUUCUUUCACCUGCAGGCCAGUCAUAGAAGGAAGGCUAACUCUAUAGUCAACCUGGAGGAUCCACAAGGCAGGAUCCUGACUAAGCAGGAAGACAUUGGUAGUGCUUUUACAGGUUACUUUUCUUCUCUUUUUACCACCUCCUCCCCUUCUAAUUAUGAGACUUGUCUGGAUGCUCUGGAAACUAAACUCUCUAAUGAGAUGGAAAAUUGGCUGCUACUCCCAUUCACCCGAGAGGAGAUUUAUACAUCAGUGACUCAAAUGAACCCUUUAGGCUCACCAGGUCCCGAUGGGUUUCCAGCUUCCUUCUACCAAAAACAUUGGGGAGUGGUAGGUGAGGAGGUAUGUUCUUAUGCACUACAAGUACUAAACCAUGGUGGCUCCUGCACUGAUGUCAAUGAUACAUUAAUCUCUCUAAUCCCCAAAGUCAAGAACCCCAUUAAAAUCCCAGAUUUCAGACCCAUCAGCCUGUGUAACGUGCUAUAUAAAAUCAUCUCAAAGACCAUUGCUAAUAGGUUUAAGACCAUUCUCCCCAAACUCAUCUCACUCAAUCAAACUGCUUUUGUCCCGGGUAGGCUAAUAACUGAUAAUGUUUUGGUGGCUUAUGAAACCCUUCACUCCAUGAGCACUAGAAUGAAAGGUAAAAAAGGGUGCUUGGCCCUUAAGCUUGACAUGAGUAAAGCAUAUGAUAGGAUUGAAUGGGGUUUUGUGGAAGCUAUCAUGUCCAAAAUGGGAUUCCCUUUUCAGUGGAUUAGUCUGGUCCAGAGGUGCCUCACAUCCAUUUCUUACUCUAUUCUUGUAAAUGGGAAGCCCCAACAGAACUUUCUCCCCUCAAGAGGCCUUAGGCAAGGUGACCCCUUAUCCCCCUACAUCUUCAUCAUGUGUGCUGAGGCCCUUUCCUCCUUACUGAACCAAGCUGAGCAUAGCAAGGUCAUUACCCCAGUCCAUGUGGGAAGAGGCCCCAUCACUGUCAACCACCUCUUUUUUGCAGAUGACAGCCUUCUCUUCUGUCAAGCAAACCCAAAGGAAGUCUCUAGUCUGCUGGAUAUCUUAUCAGUUUAUGAAAGGGCCUCGGGGCAGGUCCUCAACAGAGACAAGUCUUCAGUGUUUUUCAGCAAAAACACAAAGAGGGACACCAGGGUCCAAAUACAACAGCUGGUAGGUGUCAGGUCAACAGGCUCUUUCGAGAAGUACCUGGGUCUUCCUGUUUGUGUGGGGAGGAAGAAAGUUGCAGCAUUUUGCUCACUGGUUGACAGAACCUGGUCCAGGUUGGAGAGUUGGAAGACUAAGCACCUCUCUGGUGCUGGAAAGGAGGUUCUCCUCAAAGCAGUUCUUCAAGCCAUUCCCACAUACGCUAUGGGGAUCUUCCAACUACCAGCAUCCAUCACGGGUAGACUGAAUCAGCUGCUCAGAAAGCACUGGUGGGGCUAUAAUGAAGACACAUCUAAGAUCCAGUGGGUUAGCUGGAACCAACUCAGCAAUAGCAAGGACCAUGGUGGAUUGGGUUUCAGAGAUUUCAGAAGCUUCAACAUUUCCCUAUUGUCUAAACAAGGCUGGAGAAUACAGCAGAAUCCAAGCUCUCUGGUGGCUAGGAUUUUCAAGCAAAAGUAUUUUGGGCAGAGUGAUUUGCUAGAGGCAAAACUGGGAUCAAGGCCUUCUUUGGCUUGGAGAGGUGUCUAUGCAGGUUUAGAGGUCCUUAGAGAAGGUUUGAUAUGGAGGAUAGGGACUGGCAGUGGGGUCAACAUAUGGACAGACAGGUGGAUACCAUCCCUGCCAAAUCAUAAGGUCUCAACCCCACGGGAACCUGACUGCUGGUGUGACUUGGUCAGUGACCUUAUUGACCCAACUCUCAGAGUGUGGAAGGACUCCCUUUUGGAGGAGUUAUUCUCUCCUCAAGAGAGGGAGGCAAUCAAAGCAAUUCCAAUUAGUCCAGUAGACAGGGAGGACAGGAUGGUUUGGCUACACUCAAGCAAUGGUCAAUUCUCAGUUAAAAGUGGGUACCAUCUGCACAGGGCAAUGGAAGUGAAUGUGGAAGGGGAAUCAUCAUGCAUGGCUCGAGACCAACAAGCCUGGAAGGCAGUUUGGAAAUUUAAAACAUCUCCAGCAGUUAAGAUGUUCAUUUGGAGGGCAUGUAGUGAGGCUCUUCCCACGUUGGCUAAUCUUAAAAGAAGGAGGGUGGUGGAAGACAACCUGUGUUUUAUAUGCAAGCAGGCCCCUGAGACAUCGGGUCACUCAUUAUGGAACUGUGUAGCUUCUCAGGAUGUGUUGAACCAGAGCUGUAGGAAAGUUCAGAAAAUGUCAUACCAAAGCAACCUAUUCUUUGAUGUAUGGUCCCAGUUAGUAGAGGCCCUAGACACCAGGGAACUCGAGGAAGUGGCUGUCAUUCUAAGGGGUAUUUGGAGCAGGAGGAAUGAUAUACUCCAUGGUAGACCAUUCAAGCAUCCCACCAGAGUCUUCCAUCAGGCUUUGGCAGACCACAACCUCUAUAAGGAGUCCUUCCAGGAUGUAGGAAAGGUCGGUGUAAAGACUCAAACCAAGGCCCAAAAAUGGACAAAACCAGAGGAAGACCACUUCAAAGUUAACUGGGAUGUGGCUGUCAGGACAGGGGAAGGUAGGAUUGGCGUAGGAGUCCUAAUCCGUGAUCACACAGGCCAAGUGGUGGGUGCCCUUCGUGCCCAGAGACCAUUUCGGGGGAGACCUUUUGAUGCAGAGGCAUAUGGAGCUCUAAUGGCAGCAAUUUUCAUCAAGGAGCUAGGCCUUAAUAAGGUGUGCUUGGAAGGUGACUCUAAGCAGGUGGUGGACUUGCUUCAAAAAUAUGGUCUGGACUGGAGUAUGGGGGGGUGUUUGGUUCGUGAUGCAAGAGAGAUUUUGAACUCAUGCACUAGCUGGAGCUGCUCACAUGUCCUGCGUGGCCUUAAUGAGGCUGCUCACCAAUUGGCUCAAAUGGCAAUGGGGAGCAUGGUUGAUGUAUAUGACAUUGAACUUUGUCCAGAAUGUAUCAUGUCUGUAGUAACUAAGGAAAUGAAGUAA